UGGGGAGGUGCAACACUGGCAGUGUUGGAUUGAGAGGGACAUUUCAUUGCAUUUUUAUUUAACCUUUAUUUAACUCUCAGACUCUCAGAAACAGAAUUCAAGACAAACAUGGACAACACAUCUGUAACAGUAUUUACCAUGACUGCGUAUGCUGUCAUGGAAAAUAACAAGUACCUGCAGUUUUCGAUAUUUAUGUUGUUGUAUAUUUUGAUCAUCUCUUUCAAUUUGUUGCUGAUUGCUGUGAUAUGCUGUCAGAGAGCUCUGCAUCAACCCAUGUACGUGUUCAUAUGUAACUUAGCUGUUAACGGACUAUACGGCAGCACUGGAUUUCUUCCCUCAACUCUGAUUCUACUUUUGUCUGAGACAUAUGAGAUAUCGUUGCCAUGGUGUCUAAUACAAAUCUAUUGGGUACAUACAUAUGCAGUGGUUGAAUUUCAUAUUUUGGCUGUCAUGGGAUAUGACCGGUAUGUUGCCAUCUGUUAUCCACUACAUUAUCACAGCAUCAUGUCUAUUCCCAAGAUGUGUAAACUUAUUGCAUUGGCAUGGCUAUAUCCCUUUUCUCUCUUUCUGAUGUACUUCAGCUUUACUUUGAGAUUGAGGUUUUGUGGAAGGUUCAUACAUUUUAAAUGGUUUUGUGUCAACUUUGAAUUGGUGAAAAAUGCGUGUUCUACUACAUCUUACCAUAGUGUUGUAGGACUUGUGCUAAUAGCUUUCCUUAUGAUCCCACAGCUCCUCAUGAUUAUAUUCUCAUAUGCACACAUUUUCAGGGUCUGUCUGAAAUCCUCAAAAGAAUCUCAGGUCAAAGCACUGAAAACGUGCAUCCCUCAUUUACUUUCAGUAAUAAACUACUCUAUUGGAGGGUUAUUUGAAAUAGCUCAAAGUAGAUUUAACAUGAGUGGGACAUCUUUUAUGGUUCGGAUCAUCAUGUCACUAUACUAUACAUUGCUUACACCAUUGAUAAACCCUGCAAUUUACGGAAUGGCCAAUCAAGCCAUCAGAACGCAUGUCUUUAAAAAAUGCUGUGUGUCUAACAGGUUGGCCUCCUGUUAAAAAUGGGUUAGACACAGUUCUAGUCCUGUAGACAAAGUUUUCAUGUUGUCAUCAUUAUUAGUAUGAUUACUUGUAUGAUUAGAACUACUUCUGCCACUGUCUGCCCUGUCUCAGAGAGCUGCCCUUCACCUCUGUUGAUUUUUUGUUUAGCUGUAAUCAUUUAUGUAUGUAUCUAAAUACACAAUUGGUCAAAAAAGGGCUCCAUGUGGGUUUUCUUAGUCAAGGUUUUAUAUUUAAUAUCUUAUACAGCAUACAGCCGCAUCAGUCACCAGACUACAUUUUAGUCUGAGGCCUACUGUACAUAGAGAAUGAGACAGAAUAAGUUCACAUUUGCUAAGUGAUGAACAAUAAUUGUAACUUAUAUAUAUUUCAUGAAUUUCUCUGUCAAUUUAAUAAUAAAAAUGAAAAGUAACAG